AUGGCUUCGUCAGUCUCAUCCGGGAAUACUCCCUCGGACCAGACCGUGUUGUCUUCUCCAAAGGAGAAGCCUCGCGUGCUCAUUCCGGCGGGAAUCGACAAUCCCGCUUCAGCUGAGGUCAAGAACUCUCCGACCCAAGAGCUAAGUGCUUCUUCUGAGAAGGAACCCGAGCCCAAGCCCGAACUCAACACCAAGGCCAUCAUCGAGGCCUGGCGCUGGGACGUCAAGAAAUCCAACCCAAACUUGACUCACGAGAUCUCUUCGGGCUCCGACCUCUCUGAAUUCCAGGUAGCUACCCUGCAGAAGUUCGCACUUCGCGUCGAAGAUUGCAUAGUUGUCCUCAGUGUCGAGAACGGCCUAGGUCACAACUGGGGCGGCAUCCUCUCCGGUUGCAUUUCGCUGUUCAGAGGCCUUUUUGCCUGUAUCAAGUGCGCGCGCAGCACCGGCCGUUACUUCCAAACCUGCCCAGAGGUCUUUGGAAAGAAGCUCACUCCGUUCUGUGGCAAAGCAAUCGAGUACUUUUAUUCUGCCGAGCUUCAGAGCUGCCGUUUUGCUGGCCCGCGCCCCAAUGAUGUGUUCCAAUUCGUUCUCGCUGAGGACUGCGCCGGUGAUUGGGGACUGGCGGACUUUACUACAGACCUGAACUGUCUGAUGCGCAAAUAUCAGGCAUGGGACCGCGAGCUGAUUGAGAAGAUUCCUGCGGGCCCCCCACCUCCGAAGCUGGAGCUAGAUAACCUCGAUGCCAUGGAGCUCAGGCAUAAAGCUGACUGGGGCAAGAGCGUCAAUAAGCCCUACCGACCGGGUGACUCGCACCUGGCCACCUUUUGCCUCACGGAGAAGGUCACCGUCAAGCGCGUGCCCGAAAUGCCCCGUUCCUUCUUCUAUCCACCCCCGGGCUGUUCGGAUGACUGGACCAAGAUCAAGGUAGGCUCGGCCCAAGACAAAGUUGAAGCCAACCUUGUCGAGAACAAGGAUGUCCCCAAGCCGGAGGCCAGCUGGGCCGCCACGGCCUCGCAGGAGGAAAUCGGCGCGCUCAUGGCCCGCAUGGACGUCGGCGGCGCGAGGCUCGCCACCUCCACCGCCCAAGCGCGCCUCGUCUGGCCCGAGCACAAUGGGAUGGUCUUCCCGCCGGGCAGCAGCAACCCCGAGUCCAACAUCGACGACGGCGACGCCUCGGACAGUGAGGAGGAGGACCUGGGCGAGUACAUCCGCAAGCUCUUGGCCUCCCAGCCCGCCCUGCGCGCGCAGCCGAUCGGCCCCAGGGUGGAGUCCCGCAUCGAGAAGUACCUCCGUCUCACGGCGACGCCCGAGAACACCAGUCAGCCCGAGAGUGGGGAUGAGGACGGCUGCGAGGAUGGUAACCUGUCCUCUACUCGCAGCGACAACCUGGCUUUCUGGACCGCCUCGGAGUGGCUGUCUCGAAUUGAUGAUAUGCCCAUUGAUGACAAGGGCCCUGGUUCGGGCUUGUUGCGGAACGAUGCUAUGGCGAGUCAUCCCCAUCCUACUUCCUAUAUCUUCAAGAUCCCUUUGAGGAACACUCGCACUCGAAAGCGUUGA